AUGGGUCGGCCGAAGCCUCGCCGCGCUGUGAGCGCGAGCCGGUUUCAGGAGGGCUCCAUGAACGACAGGACUUCUGCUGCACCUCCCGUUCAGUUUCUGGGCCCUGAUGAGCUCGCCGCUCUUGAGCGACCUGCUCUGACAUGUGUCAAAUCCAACAAUGCCCGGCCGAUGAGUGACGACUUCUCCGAUAAGCAGGUCAAGAAGGGGAGGCUUCUAGGUCAAGUUUGGGAUGAAGUUCGAGGUCGAUUGGGAUUUAGGAAAGACAACGAAGAUGACAGAGGGUUGAGGAAGAGGUCGCGGAGUCGCAAGAGGGACCAAGAUGACCAGCGCGGGAGGGAUAGAGAAAGAGAAGACGUCCAAAUGACGGACAUGCCAGACCCCAAGAAUAACGUUGAUCCUCCAAGAGACGACAUGCCCAGUCGAGAAGAGAUAUUGGCCAAUUAUCACCAUUUGAUGGCCUCCGGCUUCUUCACUUCUCACGCUAUCCAGUCUACUCGCCAGCCACCACCCGGCGCUGUCCAACAAGCAGCUCAGCAAAUCGCCGCACCUCCGGCCAAUCUUAUGGAUGCUCUAUCUCGAGCCCCCAUGCCUCAAGAUGCAGUUCCUCCACCACCCACACCACCUGCAGAGCCCAAGUCACCCUUGAGAGCCAAGUUUCCCCUCAAGCUGCAAUCGCCUCCUGGCAAUCCAGGAGCUGCCACAUACGAUGAGCUUGUUGCAUCUGGAUUCUUCACACCUCCACUUUCCGCGGGCGCCAUACCGCCAACGCCGUUCAGUGCCGCCCCAGCCCCAGCAGUACCUACUGGCAUAAUGUCAAGGGAUUACCUUCAACUGCCUCGACAGACUAGAAACUCACGAACGGGAACUCCUUCGGCUUCUUGCGUGGCCUCUCCUAUUCAAUCGCCAGCGAGUGUCUCAUCUAGAGGAACUAAGCGAGCUGCAGCAGAUUCCAACUCGGACGAAGAAGCAGGAGCUCGCGAUCCCCCUACCCCGAAGAAGAAGUUGCGCAAGUCUUCUUCUCGAGAUAUUGGCCUGCCUAGCCUACGAAACGUUGCAUCUCGCCGUAGCCUUUUAUCCUCACGGCGUAGUGUGUCGGGGCCCCAUGGAGCUGGUGCUGGUAAAGACUAUAACAAGCUUGCCCGCCGCGUCCUUGGACGACUGCCUGGCGCUGGCGGUCGAAGCUCUUUCGACUCAGACCGCCGGGCAGGUUCUCGGCCUAGCUCUGCUGCUAGAAACAGCACCGAGGAAUACAGAUCGCCAUUGCAGGAGGUUCAAUACUCUCGGGUUCUGCGUUCGCGCAAGAUCGCCGCAGAAGAGCUUCACAUGACACCAGAUAGUAACAAAGGCACCCCCAUGGUGCCCGAUAUUCCCGAGAAGUUCGCCUUGCACGACAACGCCGAGAACCUUGUCCCAGCAAUGCGGUCUCGCUAUUAG